UGCUGCUGCUGAAGAGAUUUUUGGAGUCUUUGUAAGAACGAUAGCAGAAUACGAGGAACAACUUUGUCGAUGUAAAGAGGAAAACGAGCGAAAACAGAAACUUCUGGACGAUGUUCAGCUUCGCUUUCACAGAGCAGACAACCAACAGCUAUCAGUGACUCAAGAAGAGGUUCCCUCUGAGCAGCAGGAGUGGAGCUCCAGCCUGAACCAGGAGGACACUGAGCCUCUGCACCUUAAAGAUGAAGUGGAGGAACUGUGGAGCAGUCAGGAGGGACUGGAUGAGGCUUAUACUUACAAGAUCCCCUUUGCUCCUGCCCCUGUAAAGACAGAAGAUGAUGAAGGAGACCUCAGUCCUCACAGCUUCAUGAAAUACAAAGUGAAGGGAUGAAAACAGGAGCUGAUGGAGAGGACUGUGGAGGACCAGCACAGGCCAGGAACUCAGAACCAGAGAGACAUUUACAUUCAGAGACUCGGGACGAGACUGAAGACUGCUCUGAAUUUGAAACUGAUGUCAGUGAUGAUUGGAGGGUCAAAAUGGAAAAUGAUUCUGGGUUAAACUGUGUGGAAAACUUAGAUGAUGACAGAUCAGACAAUGACAAGAAAUCACACAGCUGCUCUCAGUGGGGUAAAACACUCAGAUGGAAAUGUCAUCUUGCUACACAUAUGAGAUCUCACCAGACAGAGAAACCCUUCAGCUCCUCUGACUGUGGUAAAAGAUUUAAGUUUAAGUCAAGUCUGACGAAACACAUGGUUAUCCACACAGGAGAGAAACCCUUCAGCUGCUCUGACUGUGAUAAGAAGUUUAAGCAAAAGUGUCAUCUGAACACGCACAUGUUGGUUCACACAGGAGAGAGGCCAUUUAGCUGCUCUAAGUGUGAUAAAACAUUUAACAGAAAGUCUACUCUGACAAAUCACAUGUUAAUUCACAAAGAGGAGAAGUGCUUCGGCUGCCCUAAGUGUGAUAAAAAGUUUAAUGAAAAGUCUCAGCUGAACUCCCACAUGUUUGUUCACAAAGGAGAGCAAUCCUUUAGCUGCUCUCAAUGUGAUAAAAAUUUUAAUCACAAGUCUAAUCUGAACGUACACAUGUUGGUGCACACAGGAGAGAAACCCUUUAGCUGCCCUCAGUGUGAUAAAAAUUUUAAUCACAGGUCUAAUCUGAAAAGACACAUUUUGGUGCACACAGGAGAGAAACCCUUCAGCUGUUCUGAGUGUGAUAAAAAGUUUAGUCACAAAUUGUAUCUGACUAAACACAUGGUGAUCCACACAGGAGAGAAACCCUUCAGCUGUGAGCUCAGUGAUCAGAAAUUUUCAUGGGGUAGUUAGGUAAAAAAAACACAAGUGUACCAGUUGCCAGACUUCAUAAAAUAAGAAAGGGAAGAGCUAAUGAGGAGGAUUAUGUAAGAUGAGAACCAGGCAGUAUCUGAGAUAUAUAAAAAGAUGUGCAACAAGAGACUGAAGACAAAUUAGAUGAUGAGAGAGAUCAGAGAACAUCAGUCAGUUUUAAACUCUAAGCCUGCUAUACUCAAUCCUGCAGCUACUCAGCUGCAUACAGCUCUUAUAGGGAUGCACAGAUGCAUCAGCUUAACAUCAGUAUCAGCUGAUAUUAGCCAUGUUUGUUUACAAAUGCAAAUAAUAUAGCAGGAAUGUUUAUCAUUUAUCAGCAAGUAUCUGUUGUGCCUCAUGAUUUGGCUGCUUGUCAUCUGAUAUAUCUAGCUGAUGAAUAUAAACCAGUGCAUAAGACGGAACUUUCUGGACAAUCUCUGAUCUGAUUUCAUGCUUUUAUGAGAAAAUGUUGGCAUUCUAUGAGAAAGAAGAGAACAUCAAAAUCAGUUAGAUUGUUGUGUUGAACAUAAGUAUCGGCCCAAUCUUUCACAAUAAAUGCAACUUCAGUUCAUUUAUUUAAAGUUAUUGUGUUUUUUUGGAAAACAAACCCCAACAUUUUUUUAAGUAGAAAUUUUGCCCGAAUACUUGAUUAUUUGCAAAUUUCUUUAUUCUGGUUGGCUAUAAAACAGACUGAAACAACAGCAUACAACAGAGGCCCUUUAGAUCGUUGUUUCCAGUGCAAACUCCAACAGUAAAUCCUUUCUGUGGCAAAAUGAGAGUCACAAAUAUCACUUAGUGAGGUCAAUUCAGAGCUGAUGUUUCAACAACCCUUUCCAGACUGAAAUACAAAUGUAGAUUGCUAAAAGCAUGGACAGUCAUAACAGAGAAAAGUGGAAGACUACCUGCUAUUAUUGACUGUGAUUCUCAGCAAAAUGCUGUAUGCUCAGGUGUGGACAUAUGACCAACUAUAUGCUGUGUGUUAUGCUGUUGUCAGUUCUUUAAUCAUAUUUCUUUGUGUAUGUGAAUAAUAGAGAUGCACACAAGUCAUUUUUUGCAAGUCCAAGUCAGGUCUCAAGUCUCCUAUGGUCUUAAUGAGCAUUUUAUGAUCUGCUACUGACAUCCAGUCUGCUUAGACUACUGCAUGGUUAUAUCUUAGGAAUUUAAAGCCUGUACUGUGUUCUCAUCAUCAGCACAGGUGGGAUCGCCACUGGUGUAAUAAAUAAAAUAUGGACGUUUCAGUACUCAAAACUUUGUGCACAAAGAUUCAGCCUGUUAACCUGACACGCCAGAUGGAUUUGUUUCACACAUCUGCCUAGAAAACCUCCCAUGGACAGCGUUUGGGAAAGGGCAGAGCCUUUGAAAAAAAAAAAAAUCAUAGGGUGAUUGGAUGAACGUUCUUUCUGUCACAUCUUUACAGGGCCAAUCAGAGCAACAAAACACCUGACUUCAUAGCUCCAAGCCGAGGUGCACCGCUACCAACGAAUAAACUCCAUAGAGAGCUGCACAACGUGAACCAUGGCGACUGUAGACAUGUCUGUACACGACUUUUGUCAUUUUUGAAUAGAAAACAACUCACUGCUGUUGGUCUUCUUUUAACAAAGAAAUGUCGUCAAGUUCAGAUAAAAUCGACGCUUUCGGAGCAUCCGCGCUGAUGUCUUCCGCCGUAAUUGCACCGGCCUCUUCUUGCUUCUUGCAUACGUCACGACUCUGCUGCCCAAAACUACUGCCCCUCAAUGCUGAUUUCCUGUCGCUUUC